GGGAUAUACAAACUUUUAAAAAUAAAACUGUAUGUAAAAGUUUGAUAAAUCAUUUUAAAAAAAAGGAUAAGAGACUUCAAACGAAUACACAGACUCGAGCUGGAAUACAUAACUCGCAAGUCAAAUAGAAAAUCAGAACUGUUGUUGCUUGGGUCGCUAAGCCAGGCCGCAACAGUGAGACACUGCUUCGUUCCCGGUGAGAUCUGGAUCGGCGGCUUUGCAGGGAGCUUGUUGUGGCCAUUAAUGGCAGAAACCUUGCAGGGGCUCACCAGACUCGGGGGGAGCUGCGACUGCAGCGCGGUGGCGUAGGUGGAGAAACAAGCUUCAACUGUCAAUCAGUGAUGUUGUGACGAAGGCGGAAGAAUGAUCUGCUAGGGAUAUUUCUGCGGUGAGGAUAUAUGGAUAAUCCCCAUCGCCGGUAGCUCUGCUCGCAGGUUGCAUCAGACUUCCUACCGCGGUCUGUAGGGGCAUACUUGUUGAAUCAGUCAUGCAAUGGAUUUGUGCUGGAUAUAGCUCGAAACCUCUAAAAGUAUCAGCAUGGAUGUCUCCAACUUUGCUGCAUUGAAGAAGAAGCUGGCCAAGGAGCCGAAGAAGAAGAAGGAGACGGGGGUUCAGAAACCCGUCGAUGAUUUCUUCCGGAAGGAUGGGGCUGUUCAGGUCCCGGAGGGUGAGGGACCCUCUCAAGCUGCUGAUACCGGUGCUGGUGCCGGGGGCUCCAAGGCGGAGCAAAAGAGGAAAAACUCCGGCAAGGGCGUGAUGCCUCCGGAGAAGAAGAAGAAGAAGGGGGCCCCCGAGAAGACGGACGCCUCCGUUGUCAUUGUCGAAGAGCACUCUUCCUCCUCCCCCUCGGCAAAUGCUCCUCCUCCCCCUGGGGACCAAGGCAACAACCUGGCUUGGCCCCGGGAUGAUGUGCAGUUCUCUAUCACCAAGGGAACUGCCAUCAUGCAUGGCACCCUCAACCCGAGGGAGUUCCUGAAGGGUGCCACGCCCCCGACUGACAAGUCGGUGCUCUCGAGGGCUAAGGAUGAUGCCCUCAGUGCCAAGGUGCUCCAAGCCUCCGUCACUGCUGCCCUCGGGCUUGGGGAACUGCUCCAGAGGAUGGAGCAAUAUCAGGCGCAAAAGCGCCAGGCUGAUGAGGCUCUGGCGGAGUCCCGGCGGCAACUUCAAGAAGCCCAAGAGACCCUCCGACUGGAGAAGAUGGCAUUCAACGGCAUCCUCGAAAAUAAUAAAGUGAUUGCCAGAGCCGAGGGGAAGGCCGACGCAGAGAGGGCCGCUGCCGAAGCCGCCAAGGUUGCCGCCGAGGAGGCCGAGGCAGCCAAGAAGGAAGCUGUCGCCGAGGCUGAGAAGAACGCCAUCGCCGCCUUUGCCGCUGAGGGGUGGAGGGCCGAAGAUCGGAAAGGAUGGGUGGCCUCGGUCAUAGAGCAGGGGGUGGAUGCCUGGGUGAAAGGUCCUGGUGCCGAAUGGUUAGCCCGAAAGGGCAAAGACUACUAUGAUGGUGGAGAGUUUUUCACUCAAAACCUUAUCUACCGGAGGCUCGCCAGGCACUUCAAGAUUGAUCCCAAGAAGUUCGACCCAACGGCAUAUGGCCUCCCCCUUCUGCAGCCAGACGUAAGAGUCCCCCUUCCCGAGGGAGAAGAAAGGUCGGAUCUAGAGGAUUCCGAGCUGAUGGGUGAAGGCGGUGGCGAAGAAGUCGAGGAUGAUGCUGCUUCCAAGCCGAGGGAUGAUGCGGAUCAAGAAACUCAGACUUAGGAAUUUAUUGAUGUAUUUUGUAAUAGCUUGUAGCUUCCGACUUCUGCCAUUGUAAUGAACAUCUUUUUGCACUUUUGCCCCCGGGCUUGUUGAUAUGAAUGUUUCUGAUUACUUUUUGUAAUGUCUUCGUUUCUUUCCUUUAUGAAUGCAUGUCUUCCUUAUACUUCGUGUAUCUUCUCGAAGGCUUUAGAAUUUUUUUUUUCUAAGUGUAACUCUUCGCCAGCCCCCGGCCGCGGUGUAGGAUUUCCGGGGCUUGUUGUUGUGGAAUCAUCAAACUUUCCAAGUAAACUUGAUCAGCACCCUUCGGAUGUAGAGUAGAAUCAUCGGGGGGUUUGUGAUUGUGGACUUAGAAAAUUUUCUAAGUAAGAACUCUUGUCGUGAGCCUCCGGUCGUAGUGUAGGACCAACCCCCUUCGGAUGUUCGUAGUAGUGAUGUCGAGGGAUAAAAUGAAUUAGAUUUAGGAAUUCCACCAGGUGAAAUCGCAUCUUAUGCCCCCGGAAGCCUUGGAAGCCUUCAUCUAGUAGUGUAGCUUCUGGCCAUCGCCAAGUAGCUUGGGAGGCCAUCGGCCAUGAGUCUGUAGGUGAAUGAAUUGUCCUCCCGAAGGGUCCACAUUUGUGGACUUAGAAAUUUUUUCAUCCUCAAAUGAGUCUGGUGAUAUUCUGCCUUCGGCAUGAAGCCUCCGGUUUGUGUAGACAUUGGUUUAGCCUGCUUUAGAACUUUGUGUAGCCUUCGGCAUGUUACAUGGUUCACUUUGAUCCAGCCGAAAUCUUCUUGGGGGAAACCUUGUACUCCAAUGUUUCAUGCAAUGAAGCCUUCGGCUAUGUAGUCAGAUGACUUGUUGUUGCAAGACUUUUCUUGUGCCUGUGUAGGAGCCUUCGGGAAUGUAUGCCCGAAGUGUUGAGCCUCCGGGAGAAUAGUAUCCGGGGAGUUCCUUCCCCCCUACACAUCUUUUUUUUUUUUUAGAUGAUGUAGGAGAGGCGUCUAGAAACUUGGUUUCUAGGAAAGGCUUGGCCUAUAUGGGAGGCAACAGAACAAACCGUUGGCUCCCCCUUCGGGAAUGACCUUCCGAUAUCCCGAAGGGUUUGAGGGUCGUUUCCUCGGCCCGAGACAUCGUCUGUUGCCUGCUUCCCCUUGGGAGAUAGCACGGAAAGCGACUCGGUUUUGAAAGUCGUCCCCUCAGCCCGAGACAUCGUCUGUUGCCUGCUUCCCCUUGGGGGAUAGCACGGGGAGCGUUUCGUUUGUGGAAGUCGAAUCCUGGGCCCGGGACAUGGUCCGUUGCCUGCCUCCCCUUGGGGGAUGGCGCGGAAAGCGUUCCUGGGAAGGGUUUUAUUUGUGUGUGGGACACAAAUAGCCGGGGGCACUUGGUGCCAGCCGGAGCCGAGGGGUAUUGCACCCCCCGGUUUUUUUUUUUUUUUUUUUUUUUAGGAGGAUAGAGUGUGUAUAAGUAUGCAUAGUGUAUGCAUGAUUGCGUCCUCGUGGGGUACGGCUUGGUGAGAAAACACCUUGGUGUUUUCAAAGAGUGAUGGGGGUGACCCAUACACUUGGUACUUGGUACCUAGAUUGUUGUUCCCCCUCAUCAGAGGGAGAGGCCUUGGGCCUUUUUAGGUGGAGAGAUGAGGGCCUGGCCGCUCAUGUAUAGGAGAGAAGGGGGCAUUGGGCCGUUUGUAGAAUAUGUAGGUGAUGAAGGCUUGGCCUUUUGAUUAUUCUUCAAAAACAGACGGGGCCUUGGGCCAUUGAUCAUUUACACUUGUUGAGGAUGAGGGCUUGGCCACUCAUUGGUAAAACUUCACUAGGUGGUGCACAUUCCAAUGUCUAGGAAUCUCUGUCCCAUUAGGACGUUUUAACUUGUAUGUCCCCGGUUUGAUGAUGGCUGAGAUGAUGUAGGGGCCUUCAAACUUGGGUGCCAUCUUUCCUCCUUCGGUGGGUAGACUGGCCUCCCUUCGCCGGAGGACGUAGUCUCCCACCUGGAAUUCCCGGGAGCGGACUUUGGCGUCGAUGUAGCCUUUGACUUGCCUCCUAUAGUUUUCGGCCCUGAGGAAAGCUUGCUCUCGGCGUUCUGAUAUGAGAUGAAGGUCGAGGGCCAUGUUGGCGUCGUUGGCCUCGGGCUCAUAUUGUUCCACCCUUCGGGUCGGAAGGGUCACUUCUGUUGGAGCCUUAGCCUCAAAGGCAUAGCAUAGGGAGAAGGGUGUUUCGCCUGUCGCCCGCCGAGGGGUGGUGCGGUAGGCCCAUAAGAUGUUGUGAAGCUCUUCUACCCAGCCUCCCCCUUCGGCUUCCAGCUUUUUCUUCAAUCCUUCAAGUAGGGUUCGGUUGGCGUUCUCCACUUGCCCGUUGCCCUGAGGGUAGGCGACGGAAGAGAAUGUGUGCUUGAUGCCCCAAGCCUCAAGGAGGGCACAGAAGGGGGCUGCCUCGAAUUGAGUCCCGUUGUCGGAGAUGAUUUGUUGGGGGACGCCAAACCUUGUGAGAAUGUUCUUGAGGACGAAGUGACGGCACCGGGCCUCCGUGAUGCUGGCGAGGGGUUCGGCUUCUACCCAUUUGGUGAAGUAGUCAAUGGCCACAAUGAUAUACCUGUUGUUGGAGGUACCCCUCGGCAGAGGGCCUACCAAGUCGAUCCCCCAUCUGGAGAAGGGUAUAGCGGUGCUGAUGGGGGCAUAGUUGACCGCUGGUCUGCCGGGGGCUUUCUGAAAGUGUUGGCAAGCGGUGCACUUCCGGGCUAGAUCAGCACAAUCCCUAGCCAUCGUGGGCCAGAAGUAACCUUGAACAAUGAGCCUUCGGGACAUGGAGAAGGGUCCCUGGUGAGCUGAGCAAGUGCCACUGUGCACUUCUUCCAUGGCGACUUCGGCUUCAUCUUGAUGAAGGCACCGAAGGAGGGUGCCGUUGUAAGAUCUCUUGUAAAGCCUCCCGUUUUCGAGGGUAUAGCUGGGAGCCCUCAGUUUUGCUAACUUGGCGCGAGCUUCGUCUUGGGGCAAUUGCCCUGUGGUGAUGAAGGCGACGAUGUCAGAGAUCCAGUCCUCCGGCCUUGGGUUAAUGCUCAUGACGGGGCUCGCGUGGAUGCUUGAGAGGCUAAGUUCCUCAAUUCUUGCAAUUUUUGAGAGGUGUUCGGGGGAUUCAUCCGAAAGUUUGGACAGAAUGUCGGCCUCAGAGUUUUGAGCCCUCGGUAUUUGGGUGAGGGAAUGUGCCUCAAAUACCUUAAGCAACUCCUUGGCAGCCUCCUUGUAUUGUUUCAUCCUCCCUUCUUUGGCUUCGUACUCCCCGGAGAUUUGACCCACGACGAGUUUGGAGUCACAUUUGACGUGGAUCAUUUUAGCCUUCAGGUUCGCUGCCAGCCGAAGGCCACAGAGGAGGGCUUCGUACUCGGCCUCGUUGUUGGAGACUUUGAAGGAGAAGCGGAUGGCAUAAUAGGCGCGGAAGCCCUCGGGUGUGAUGAGAACUACUCCCCCUCCGCAUGCUUUGGUAGCCGAGGAGCCGUCGGUAUAGAGGGUCCACCACUCAUCCGGGGGUGCCGAAGGCUCCUCAUCCACCGCUGAUCUCGUGGUGCAUUCCGUUACGAAAUCUGCCAGGGCUUGGCCCUUGAUGGCAGGCCUCGGACGGAUAUCUAUGUUGUAUUGGCUGAGGAAGAUGGCCCAUUUCACCAUCCGAGAGGAGCUAGUGGGACUCCUCAUGAGGGCACUGAGGGGUUGAUGAGUGAGCACUUGGACCGGGUGAGCUUGAAAGUAGUGGCCAAGCUUCUUGACGGUCCAAACGAUGGCUAGCACCGUCUUCUCGACGGGAGAAUACCUGAGUUCGGCUUCCCGGAGGGUUUUGCUGACGUAGAAGAUGGCAUGUUGGAUGCCGUCUUCUUCUCGGAUUAGUACUGAGCUGAUAGCCGCAGGGCUAACACCGAGAUAUAAGUAUAAAGUCUCCCCCACCUUUGGUUUGGAGAGCACUGGGGGAGAGGAGAGGUACUUCUUGAGUUCGUCGAAGGCCUCUUGACACUCAGGUGUCCAUUGAAAACCCGCCGUCUUCCUCAUGAUUUGGAAGAAGGGGAGGGCCCUCUCGGCUGACUUAGAGAGGAAUCGGUUGAGGGCCGCCAGGCGACCCGUCAGCCGUUGAACUUCUUUGACGUUGCGUGGAGGCUCCAUGUUGAUGAUGGCCUGAAUCUUCUCGGGGUUGGCCUCAAUACCCCUUCGGCUGACCAUGUAGCCCAAGAACUUUCCUCCCUGCACGCCGAAGGUGCACUUCUUUGGAUUUAGCCGGAGGUUGAAUUUUUGCAUGAUGGCAAAAAUUUCCCGGAGGUCGUCGGCGUGAGUGUUGGCCUUUUUGCUUUUGACGAUCAUGUCGUCAACGUAGGCCUCCAUGGUGCGUCCUAGGACAGCUCGGAAGACCCUAGCCACCAUGCGUGUGUAGGUGGCGCCUGAGUUUUUGAGGCCGAAGGCCAUCACAAGAUAGCAGAAGAUGCCUUCGGGUGUCAUGAAGGCUGUUUUUUCAGCGUCUUCCUCAUGCAUGUAGAUUUGAUGAUAUCCGCGGAAUGCGUCGAGGAAUGACAUGAUUUCGCAUCCAGCGGUCUCAUCCACCAAUUGGUCAAUGUUUGGCAGUGGGAAGGGGUCCAUGGGGCAUGCCUUAUUCAGAUCCGUAUAGUCCACGCACAUGCGGAAGGUAGGAGGCUUCUGUGCGAGGACUACGUUUGCCAACCAAGAAGGGUAUUUCACCUCCUUGAUGUGUUUGAUGGAGAGGAGCAUAGAUACCUCCUUCUUCACGAACUCCCUUCUCUCGGCCGAGAGGGGUCUUCUCCGUUGCUGCACUGGUCUGGCCGAAGGGUCUACUGCCAGGCGGUGGGUGAUAACCCUUCGGUCAAUUCCUGGCAUAUCCUCCGGCCCCCAUGCAAAAACAAUGGAGUAGGCGCGGAGGGCUUUGGUGAUGCCAGUCUUCAAGUCUUCGGGGAGCUUGGCUCCAAUCUUCAGGACUCUCUCCGGCUUGGCCGGAUCGAGUAUCAAGUCUUCGGUCUCCUUGGCAGGCUCAGCCCUCGGCCUACUCUCUUCUUCCUCCAAGGCCUUGGCGGUGAUGGUGUCCACACGAAACUCGGUUUUACUAACCUUCUUGGUGAGUUGGAGGUAGCAGGCCCUGGAGAGUUUCUGGUUCCCCUUUGAAUAGCCGAUGCCGGUGGGUGUAGGGAAUUUGAGGCAAAGGUGUUUCAUGGAGAUGACGGCUUCUAAGUCCUCGAGGGCAGGCCGGCCGAGGAUGAUGUUGUGCGCGCAGUCGAGGUUGACGACGACGAAUUCCACUUCGAGCUUGGCUCUAUGGGACCCGUCGCCGAAUUCAACCGCUAGGGUGAUGACGCCUUCGGCGUCUACGCUAUCCCCCGUAAAUACGGAGAGGGGGGUGUUGAUGUGCCGAAGGGACCCCCUAUCGAGUCCCAACUCUUGAAAAGUGCUGAGAUACAUGACGUUGACAGAACUCCCCGUGUCGACGUAAGUCCGGUGGAUGAUGGCGUCAUUGAUCUCCGUGCGGAUGACGAGGGCGUCCCUAUGCGGCAGAGAACCCGAGGGGAGGUCCGCAUCUGUGAAGAAGAUUGGAUCCGCCCUCGGCCUUUUAGUUGGGGGCACGUGAUUGACUUCCCCGAUGUAAAGGGACUGUGCCCAUUUCUUCCUUUGGCUUGUUGAAUCGCCUCCGGUGUUGCCGCCGUUGAUCAUAUGAAUAUGGCGCUUGUAUUGUUGAUGGGAGCCCUCUCCCUCGUCGUCGAGGCCCCCAAUUUCUCGCUUCUUCCCCUGUGGGUUUCCCAAGGGGAUGGUGUUGGGGUUCACCCAUUUGUUAGCCUUCGGCGGAGGCCCUUGAUGGUGAAGGGGGCCCUGGGGAGGAGGGCCCCUGAUAAAUUGGGACAAGUGGCCCGCCUGUAUCAACCUUUCAAUGGCAUUUUUUAGCUGAUGGCAGUCGUCGGUCUUGUGCCCGUGGUGGCGGUGGAAGCGGCAAUAUGGCUCAUCAGGGCCGAUGGCGUAGAUCUCGAGGGGUGUACGGGAGUCUCGCUCGACGAGCCCCCGCUCUUCUGCAUGAUCAAGAAUGACGCUGACGGGAUGCGUCAAGGGGGUGCGUGGGUGCUCAAGGAGGACGGGUUGCGCCCAUGCCUUCGGAUUGUUUUUGUAACCGCCCCCGGGUCUGGCUUGGCUACCCCGAGAGCGAUCGUUGUACUGUACCUCUCGGUUGACCGGAGGGGGAGGCCCUCCGGGCCGAUUCCUGCCUUCAUUCUUUUGAGAAGGAUACGUGUUGCGGCGGUCCUUCUCGAUUUCCUCCGCUUCAGCAUAUCGGUCCCCCCGCUGAAGGGCCUUUGUAUAAUCGCGGGGGGGAUCAGUGAUAAGGCUCCGGGAGAAGUUACCGUUGCGGAGGACGGUGUGGAAGAGGGCUAUUAGUGUCCUGUCAUCAGCGCCUUCGACCUCGAGGGAGGCCUGCCUCCAGCGUUCCAGGAAACUCCGAAGGGUUUCCUCCUUCUGUUGUCUCACGUUUAGAAGGUGGGAAAAGUGCUUCUUUGAGCGAUGCCUCCCAGCAAAUUGCGUAAGGAAGCGGUGGGCAAGUUCUUGCCAAGAAUCAAUGCUGCCUUCGGGCAACCGGUUGAACCACUCAUACGCGGGUCCCUCCAAGGUGGAAAGGAACCAACGGCAUAAGUAUUCAUCCGAUGCCCCCAUCAUCAUCAUGCUGUUCUGAUAACGGCUAUAGUGCUCCUGGGGAUCCGUCUUCCCCUCAUACGGCUUGAUGGGUUGCCCCCGAUAUUUGUGGGGGAUUUUGGCCGCCAACACCCUUGGGGUGAAGGGUGUUCUAGUGCGGAGUUGAAUGAGGGGCUCGCCUGAGCCUUCGGCAAGUUUACGUUUCAUUUCCUCCACCUGUGCUCGGAGGUCAGCGUACUCCGGAUCUGGCCUAGCUGUGGAAGCCGCCGGCGGUGCCUGACGAUUCUCCUCGAGUUGCCGGAGGAGGGCUUCAAUGAUUUCGUCCUUGGGAUCCUUCGGGGCAACCCCUUGGGAGUUGGCCCGGAAGGAUUGCGCCUGAUUGAUUUGGUGUCUGGCGUCAUCGGUAUGGAGGAGGGCUUUGCCUUUGCUUCGGGGGGGAGGUACGCCCUCGGCACCCAAAGCGGAGGCUCCGCUUUCCUGGGGCCUGCUGAGCGCCUGUUUCCCGAGGCGGUCUUGGACCCCUCGGGACCCGGGAGCUCCCCCUAGCCUCUCGAGUGCAGAGGUUCGGAGCUUCUCUUUCAUCAUGGGGCGCUUGUCCCUGGAUUGAGCCUCCUGGGAGGCGGUAUCCUGCGCUAUGACCCCUUCGUGGUUUCCAACCCCCGGGGGAGGGUUGUUGAACAAAGGAGGGAGUGGUGGUAGGUUGAUAACAUUCCCUCCAGCAUAGGGCUGAAGGGGUGCCUGAAAGGCGAGGGCUCCGGAAUUGAGAGCCAUGUUUUGAACAAAGGCCGCAAAGGCAGCCUGAAGAUCGAUGGCCGAGGCCGGAGGAGGAACUUGGUUCUCACUCCGAUCCCUCCUUCGAUUAUCAAGGCCAAUGCGGGCAUCAGGGGCAUUCUUCUGUAGCUGCUGACGGAGGUCAGCAGUAGCCUGCUCUAAUUCGAGGAUGAUACCACCCUCCGGCACUAAGAGCCUGUUGGAGGCCUCAGCUCCGUUGGUUUCGCCGGGGGCUACGUGGUUCUCCUCCAGGGUUUUAGAUUGGGCACGGGUGGUUCUUCCCAUUUUUGGUGAGUGUUUUGGGUUUGGUAGAAGGGGAGGGUUUCUUACUUGAUAGUUCAGACCUCUCAACGAGAGCACCAAAUGAUGGAUAGUCUACCCGGGGGGUAUCUUAUCCGAGGGGUUAUUGCGGGAAUAACUAGAGAGAAGUCAGAGCAAAAUAGGAGGAGAGAGAGUCGAUUUAUUAAAUGAACUCAGCGUGUGGAGUUGAGAUGUAGAUGAUCAUUUACAAGGAGAAAUGGGCUGCUAUUUAUAGCAGCAAUAAAUGCGAUGAGAGGACACGUGUCAGUAAUCCAACGGCCGAAGGGUCACAUCAGCCUGGUGGCACCGGCAGUGGUACGUCAACCGCAUUGAAUGCGGUUGGCGGAUGCGACGUGGCAUUAAAUGCGGUGGUUGGCUGUCUCUAAAAGGAAUCUUCGAUGAUUGAGCUUGUUCAGCCGAAGGCUCCUUGUGUAGCCGAGGGCUCCUUGUGUAGACGAGGGCUCCUUGUGUAGCCGAGGGCUCCAAUGCUACCGAAGGCUUGGUUCAGCCGAAGGCUUCCCCUGGUGCCGAGGGCAUGAGAAUGCCGAAGGCUCAUGUCCUCGCCCGUUUUCUCCCAGCAGCUUCUUAUGCCAGAGAAGGCUAUCCUGUGAGUUUUGGAGCCUUCGGCCAAGGAGGCCGAAGGCCCCCAGUGUGUAUUCUGGGCUACUUUGAGGCUUGGGCCGUUGUAUCUGGGCCUGAGUUGUCUCCUGAGCUCAAUGGACUUGUGUAGGAGAAGUAGGAGUCUAUGGGCCGGGGGUUCCUGGGCCAUAUACUCCAUCAGCACCUAUCCAAAAAAAGGUGGUAGUGACAUUUACAAAAGGUGGAAAAUCAGAAUAGUGAAUGCAAAACAUACUGCUCAUCUAUAACAACGAUAUCCCAUGCCGGUUUUUGGACGCCAUUGGAGUAAACAAAGGUACAUUAACAAUCAAGCUUCCUACUGUUGUCUUCGGCCAGCUCUUCAAGUUUGCAGAUGGUAUGGAAUAUGUUCUGAUAUGAAUCAGAUUAUGCUAGCUAGUACUUGAUUAUUUUAUGUCGUUUUCUGUCAGUACUUGAUUUUUUCAUUAUAAUAAUGUGACCUUUCAUAGUUUUCAUAAUUUUUGCUGUGUUCUGUGGUUAACUGUAGUAGUAAAAAUUUUUAUUAUUAUUUUCGGCGGUUAAUGAUUGAACCUGACCAUGUGGGGAAGCGGGAGCUUGAAAUUGUGCAAGAGAAUGAGCACAUAUGCUUUACCUGUAGAAUAUAUUGAUUAUAUUUGCUUUUUUCUCCAGCUGAUUAAUUGUAUUUAAAGUGAUGUUGCAAAAUUUCUUAGUGAACUGAUGGAGGAGUUCAAAAUUGACAAAUUCCUGGGUGUGUUUUGACUCUUUUCUUGAGUACAGAUUUGCAGUUUUUUCGAUGAGUUAUUCCAUCAGCCUUUGUAUUAAUAAUUGAGGAUGUUCCUGUGAAACCCUUUGUUGAUCGCAUAGCCUAAAAUUGCUAAAAACAUGUAUGAGGACAUCUAAGAAGAUAGAUUCAUCUGCCUCCAACACAAGUUUGCACUUUUAUUGGAUUGAACUCUUAAAUGGUAUUCACUAUUCUGAUCCAGACAAGUCCCACACAAGUUUACCUUGCAAACCUUUGAGUCCACUCUACUAACCAAACAUAAAUGUAUCAGGAAUCGUAAACAUAGAUUUGAGAGCAAGUAACACCGGGGGCGGAUCCAGUGUGGGGGCAGGGGGCAGCUGCCCCCACUCAACCUCAAUAUAUACAUAUGAAAUGUAAAAAUUAUACAUGUAGAUAUGUACUAAAUAAAUGUAUCUUAUAUAUUAAUAUGGAGCAUGACAACUAAAUGCCUCCGUAGCAGACUGGAGGUUGCUCUCACGCUGAAACAGCUAGGUUGCAUACUAUUUAACAAGAAGUCAGUGUUAGUAAUUUUGUUGUCGAUCAAACUUAAAUCAUCAAAAUGCUUUAACAGGUAUUCUUUACACCUUUCAUGAGGCAGUUAUAGACUUAAGUGAGAGUAUCGGCUGCAACAGGGGCAAAAAAUUUAAAGAUUUGUUUAUCUACACAAGUAGAUGGUAUACGUAGUGGAAAAUAUUUAUAUACAUCGUAUAUGUUUUCUAUUACUUGCAAGGGUAAUAUCCUAUCUACUAGAUGAUGUAUUAUGAUUAUAGUUGAAUGAUAUGCAGUGGGUGAUGGUCAAUUUUCCUGUGGAACAAAGGUAAAUAGAUUUGAACUUUGUGUGCUUACUGUUUAGAUAAGAAAGAGCAAUGGCAUAAUA